UUGGGACGUAGCAAGAGCUUUCACGGGUAGUUCUCGGAGUCACAGAACGGAAUUUUGUGGAUGAUAGCCCCAUGUGGUUCCGAUUUCACCACUCAAGUACUAUUGGCUUCCUCUGAUAUUAUCUGAGUAGCUAUCAAGCGUCCAACUUGAUGGUAAAGUUGGUUCUGGAGACGGAGAGAAAACCCAAGGGACAACAUCUGAAAUACUUGAGUGCCUUCUGUGUAUACUUGAUUACCCAAGAUAGGGGACAUUGAAAAUUUCAACCGCAAUGUCUCAGACUAAGUCCGCAACUAAACUCCGGCAAGUGCUUGCCGAUGCGGAUAAGAUCAUAGUUUGUCCGGGCGUACACGAUGGACUCACGGCACGCGUAGCGUUAAGUAUAGGCUUUGAUGCCUUGUACAUGACAGGCGCAGGUACAGCCGCAUCGCGCCUAGGCCAACCCGACCUAGGCCUCACCACCGUCGACGACAUGGUGACGAACGCGGGUAUGAUAGCGGGUCUCAAUCGAGACGUCCCGGUGAUCGCCGACGCUGACACCGGUUUUGGCGGGCCUUUGAUGAUCGCGCGUACUACCGAGAAGUACAUACUUCAGGGGGUAGCUGCCUUCCACAUCGAGGAUCAAGUAACAACCAAACGAUGCGGUCAUCUCACGGGCAAGGAGCUAGUCGACACAAACACAUUCGUAGCUCGGAUCCGGGCGGCUGCUGCUGCCCGAGCGCGUAUGGAGUCAGACAUCGUGAUUAUUGCGCGCACGGAUGCGCCACAGUCUCUCGGCUAUGAGGAAGCUGUCACGAGGUUGAAGAUUGCUGUUCAAGCCGGUGCGGAUGUUGCGUUUUUGGAGGGCAUGCGGACGAAGGAGCAGAUGAGGCAGAUAGUUCGAGAUAUGGCGCCGACGCCAUGUUUCUUGAACAUGGUCGGCGGUGGAGUUACGCCAUUGGUGAACUCGCAGGAGGCCAAAGAUAUGGGGUAUAAAAUCGUUAUUUCGCCUAUGGCUGGCUUGACGAGCGUGUACUUGGCUAUGCACGAGUCUUGCCAGGAGUUGAAGAAUACAGGCGAGAUUAAGGAUAGGUAUACUGAAAACGGGAAGGUUGAUGGAGGUGUAAGGGAUGUGUUCGAGUUGUGUGGGUUGUCGAAAUGCGUGGAGUUCGGUAAGGAGGUUGGUGGCGUGAGCUUUGUGAAUGGUGCCUAAAGCUUCAAGGGGCACUGUAUGACGGAAGCGAGAAGAAUAUCUGCAAAGGCAGGUAUCCUAGGAGGAAAUGGCUCACGCUACGAAGAAUCCGCGGGGUCUGCUGACGCCCACUACAUGGCGACGAUUAUAGCGACUCUAGCCUUCUCCCCUUACUCUUAAGGCUUUAGGCCCGAAGACCCGACGAUCUACCUUGACGCAACGAAGAGGCCUAUUUUUAUUAGAACCGAUUAAACAACGAAAACUUAGUCGAUGGAUCUCAUUAA